ACAGAGGUGUGUCUAGUCCCUACAGUGGAGGGAGGAUGGGAUGGAGGGCAGAGGGGACAGAGGUGUGUCUAGUCCCUACAGUGGAGGGAGGAUGGAGGGCAGAGGGGACAGAGGUGUGUCUAGUCCCUACAGUGGAGGGAGGAUGGGAUGGAGGGCAGAGGGGACAGAGGUGUGUCUAGUCCCUACAGUGGAGGGAGGAUGGAGGGCAGAGGGAACAGAGGUGUGUCUAGUCCCUACAGUGGAGGGAGGAUGGAGGGCAGAGGGGACAGAGGUGUGUCUAGUCCCUACAGUGGAGGGAGGAUGGAGGGCAGAGGGGACAGAGGUGUGUCUAGUCCCUACAGUGGAGGGAGGAUGGAGGGCAGAGGGGACAGAGGUGUGUCUAGUCCCUACAGUGGAGGGAGGAUGGAGGGCAGAGGGGACAGAGGUGUGUCUAGUCCCUACAGUGGAGGGAGGAUGGAGGGCAGAGGGGACAGAGGUGUGUCUAGUCCCUACAGUGGAGGGAGGAUGGAGGGCAGAGGGGACAGAGGUGUGUCUAGUCCCUACAGUGGAGGGAGGAUGGAGGGCAGAGGGGACAGAGGUGUGUCUAGUCCCUACAGUGGAGGGAGGAUGGAGGGCAGAGGGGACAGAGGUGUGUCUAGUCCCUACAGUGGAGGGAGGAUGGAGGGCAGAGGGGACAGAGGUGUGUCUAGUCCCUACAGUGGAGGGAGGAUGGAGGGCAGAGGGGACAGAGGUGUGUCUAGUCCCUACAGUGGAGGGAGGAUGGAGGGCAGAGGGAACAGAGGUGUGUCUAGUCCCUACAGUGGAGGGAGGAUGGAGGGCAGAGGGAACAGAGGUGUGUCUAGUCCCUACAGUGGAGGGAGGAUGGAGGGCAGAGGGAACAGAGGUGUGUCUAGUCCCUACAGUGGAGGGAGGAUGGAGGGCAGAGGGAACAGAGGUGUGUCUAGUCCCUACAGUGGAGGGAGGAUGGAGGGCAGAGGGAACAGAGGUGUGUCUAGUCCCUACAGUGGAGGGAGGAUGGAGGGCAGAGGGAACAGAGGUGUGUCUAGUCCCUACAGUGGAGGGAGGAUGGAGGGCAGAGGGGACAGAGGUGUGUCUAGUCCCUACAGUGGAGGGAGGAUGGGAUGGAGGGCAGAGGGGACAGAGGUGUGUCUAGUCCCUACAGUGGAGGGAGGAUGGGAUGGAGGGCAGAGGGGACAGAGGUGUGUCUAGUCCCUACAGUGGAGGGAGGAUGGGAUGGAGGGCAGAGGGGACAGAGGUGUGUCUAGUCCCUACAGUGGAGGGAGGAUGGGAUGGAGGGCAGAGGGGACAGAGGUGUGUCUAGUCCCUACAGUGGAGGGAGGAUGGAGGGCAGAGGGGACAGAGGUGUGUCUAGUCCCUACAGUGGAGGGAGGAUGGAGGGCAGAGGGGACAGAGGUGUGUCUAGUCCCUACAGUGGAGGGAGGAUGGAGGGCAGAGGGGACAGAGGUGUGUCUAGUCCCUACAGUGGAGGGAGGAUGGGAUGGAGGGCAGAGGGGACAGAGGUGUGUCUAGUCCCUACAGUGGAGGGAGGAUGGGAUGGAGGGCAGAGGGGACAGAGGUGUGUCUAGUCCCUACAGUGGAGGGAGGAUGGAGGGCAGAGGGGACAGAGGUGUGUCUAGUCCCUACAGUGGAGGGAGGAUGGAGGGCAGAGGGAACAGAGGUGUGUCUAGUCCCUACAGUGGAGGGAGGAUGGAGGGCAGAGGGGACAGAGGUGUGUCUAGUCCCUACAGUGGAGGGAGGAUGGAGGGCAGAGGGAACAGAGGUGUGUCUAGUCCCUACAGUGGAGGGAGGAUGGAGGGCAGAGGGGACAGAGGUGUGUCUAGUCCCUACAGUGGAGGGAGGAUGGGAUGGAGGGCAGAGGGGACAGAGGUGUGUCUAGUCCCUACAGUGGAGGGAGGAUGGGAUGGAGGGCAGAGGGGACAGAGGUGUGUCUAGUCCCUACGGUGGAGGGAGGAUGGAGGGCAGAGGGGACAGAGGUGUGUCUAGUCCCUACAGUGGAGGGAGGAUGGAGGGCAGAGGGAACAGAGGUGUGUCUAGUCCCUACAGUGGAGGGAGGAUGGAGGGCAGAGGGGACAGAGGUGUGUCUAGUCCCUACAGUGGAGGGAGGAUGGAGGGCAGAGGGGACAGAGGUGUGUCUAGUCCCUACGGUGGAGGGAGGAUGGAGGAAG